AUGAAGUGGGUUGUGUUGUGUUUGUUGGUCGCGGUCGUGCACGCUGACGAUGACAAAGACGUACGUGAUGUUGUCUACAAGCUGUUGGCUGACAUUAACAUCAACGUUUCCUACGCCAAGGUUCAUGAAGACUUUUUGGGAUUUGAAAAGAAGGUAAGCUAGUAUUAACUUGUGUAAAAAUGAUUGAGAGCUAUGCCUUAUUUCUUUUAUUGAACUGUAUAAAAAUGAUUAAACUAUGCCUCAUAUCUUUUAUUAAGUUGUACAAAAAAGAUUGAGAUAUGCCUCGCUUCUUUUAUUAAAUUGUAUAAAAAAGAUUGAGCUACGUCUCAUACCUUCUAUUGAGUUGUCUAAAAAAGAUUGAGCUAUGUCUUAUAUCUUAUUUUAAAUUGUAUAAAAAUGAUUGAGCUAUGCCUCAUAUCCUCACUAAAUAUUCAUACUAGGACUCGUUCUUAAAGCUCUUUAUUAUCACGGGUCUUUUAUGACAAUCAAAACUAAUCUACUGUCGAUCGUGAUUCGUUCCUUCUUUAUAUAGUGUUCUGCUGGGCGGGCCCUACUCCUGCCGGGCCUUUGAAGUCGUAGAGGCAUCGUUCUGGCUUGUUGUUGCGACGGCCAAGUUUAUGAUUCCAUGUUGGUUGAUGGGUUUACUUGGCUUGUGGUACUUGCGGCACAUGUAACCCGGGACCAGCAAACGUGGGUGGUAUGUUCCAAGUUGAACAAUCUCUCCAGUUGUAGGGUAGCUGAUUAGAGCGUCGAUGCGAUCUCCUGUUCGCGGGAUGAAACGAUUUCUUGGUAGCUGAUCGUACAUCAUGAUCUGGCCUGAUUUUAAUUAAAUUGUAGGUCUAAGUCCUGGUAGGUCUUCAGGGGUCUCUUGUCGAGGUGGGUACGCCAUGUUUUCGACGAUAAGCUUUUCAACUUUUGUCUCUGGUCUUUGAAUUACCACGUACUCAAUUGCUACCGCCGUAGGCAGCAAGAUUCUGUUUCUUGUUUGAAGUACUUCGAUCGGUCUUUUGUUCUCCGCUUCGUCGUAUGGUCUUUUGGGUGGUCGAACCGCCUCCGGUGCUACUGAUAACACCUUUAUCGUGGUGCCGAUCGGUAGCUUAAGGUGGCCUAUGCUACCAGAGUGUCCCAGUUGAACAGUUUGUGGUAUACUCCCGUAGUGGUCUUCGGUCGUUUUUAAAGCUCUUUAUUAUCACGGGUCUUUUAUGACAAUCAAAACUAAUCUACUAUCGAUCGUGAUUCCUCUAUUAAAUUGUAUAAAAAAGAUUGAGCUAUGAUCAUCGAAAAUAUAAGCUAAUAAUUUCAGGCUGUCGACCUAGUUGCCGGCGACGAAGCAUUAUACAACAAGAUUGCACCGGUUCUCGCAAACAUUAAACAAGGCUACAUCUCUCUGAAAGGCGAACACAACCAGUAUGGCGAAAAGUUGCACCGCGUGCAACAACGUCUUCAAGGCUUGAGAGACAUCUUGGCAACCAAAGUCAAAGAUGCAAACCAGCUUUCUUUGUUCGACGAAAGCGUUGAGAUGAUCCGGGGAAUGUUGUUGGUAAGAUAUUACUGCUAGCUAAGGUCGAUUAGUAUUAGAGUGUACAAGAAAUAAUGAGCUAUUAAAAAAAUAGUAAUAAGGUGUUCAAAAAGUAAUGAGCUACUAAAAAUUUAGUAUUAUUUAAAGUGUUCAAAAAAUAAUGAGCUACGGAAAAACUGGUAAUAUGAUGUUCAAAAAGUAACGAGCUAGCAGAAAGUUAGUGUUUGAGUGUUCAAAAAGCAAUGAGCUACUAUAAAGCAUUACAAUGUUCAAAAAGUAAUGAGCUACUAAAAAGGUAGUAAGAAAGUGUUUAAAAAGUAAUGAGCUACUACAAAGUAAGUAAGAAAGUGUUUAAAAAGUAAUGAGCUACUACAAAAUAAGUAAGAAAGUGUUUAAAAAGUAAUGAGCUACUAUAAAGUAAGUAAGAAAGUGUUCAAAAAGUGAUGAGCUACUAUAAAGUAAGUAAGGAAGUAUUUAAAAAGUAAUGAGCUACUAUAAAGUAAGUAUUUAAGUGUUCAAAAAGUAGUGAGCUAUUAAAAAGUACUUGCUUGUUCAAAAUGUAAUAAGCUAUCAAAAACUUUAGUAUUAGAGCGUACAAAAGAAAAUGAGCUACCCAAGUUGUUCAAAAAGUAAUAAGUGAAAAUUCACUGUGAGACAUAGCUCAUUACUUUUUGAACAACAUAAUACUUCUCUCUAUCUUUGAAAAGUUCACCACGCUAAAACGAUCCUUCCUCUUCACCUUUUCAAUAAAAUACGAAUCUGUUUUAGAUUCCAUCAAGCGAAGACGUUGUAAACAAACUUUUACAAAUAAUUAAAGAUGCCAGAAUAGAUUAUGAACCUCUUCCACCAACUGAGGUUGAAGUUCGUCACGCUUUGGUCCUUAUCGCAUUCGAAGCCUUCCAACGCUCCAAACAAAAUCCGGUUGAACUUUUUAGAAAAAUUAACGACGCUGAUUACCCGGCCAUUGAUAUCGAACAUUCAUUAAGCACUCCACUUCGUCACCUCAUCGAAGACUACGAGGCCGUGUACGCACAGUACAAAGAACAGAAGAAGGAUGACAUCUUAGCCGCAUUGAUUAUUAAUCUAAAGCAUCAGAAACAACGACAACCCAUUCAUUUGUUGGACGGUUUGCCAGACACUCCAGCUAAAGAGAUUUACGAAAGCAUCGUCGACGAUUUGAUGGAUUUGAAGCCACUUCUUAAGAAGUAA